AUGGUUCCACGAGGUCACAUCAUUCAUACUUCAACAGUUGAGUUGAAGUCAGCGAUCAAUAAUAAAAUAUCAGAUGAAUUCUUUCCGGUUCCAAAGGACUAUAAUGAUGAAGAUAAUUAUUUUCAGACAAACCCAAAACCUGAUUAUAUCGAGGAUUUGAUCUCUGAUGCAAAGGAAUUUAUUGACUAUCAACAUAAAAAUGGAAACCGUAAGAUCGUUUUGAUCACUUCAGGUGGUACAAUUGUCCCAUUGGAAAAUAACACAGUUAGAUUCAUUGACAACUUCUCCGCUGGGACAAGAGGAGCUGCUAGUGCUGAAGAAUUCCUAAAGAAUGGUUAUAGUGUGUUGUUCCUACAUAGAGAAUUCUCCUUGACUCCUUACAAUAGAUCAUUUACUCAUAACCUAAACACACUCUUCUUAGACCAUAUUAAUAAGGAUGGUACUUUUAAAGAUGAAUUUAAGGAUAAGGUGUUAGAGAAUAAAAGACUUUAUGACAAAUACAUUUAUGAAGAAAGAAAGCUGUUAUUGUUGCCGUUCACUACAGUAAAUCAAUAUUUAUGGUCUUUGAAGAGCUUGGCAAAAUUGCUAAACUCCGAAGGUUGCUUAUUUUAUUUGGCAGCUGCUGUCAGUGACUUCUUUGUUCCAUAUGCAAAGUUACCGAAACAUAAAAUUCAAUCUCGAGACUAUAACGUUUCUGAUGACAAACAAGAAGAAUCAAACUCAUCUACAACACCUGAUGGGAAGCUGAUAAUUAAUCUAGAUCCAGUACCAAAGUUUUUAAGAAGACUAGUUGAAUCGUGGGCCAAGCAGGCAAUGAUCGUUUCUUUUAAAUUGGAAACUGAUGAAAACCUUCUUCUUAAGAAAUGUAGAUAUGCUUUAGAGAGAUAUAACCAUCAAUUGGUGAUCGGUAACUUACUUCAAACAAGAAAUAAAAAAGUUGUAUUUGUUACACCAGAUAAUCUAGAUGGCACAUCAAUUGAAUUACAAAACCCUAAUCAACAUAUUGAAGAAUUAAUUAUCCCUGCUGUCAUUGAAUCGCACAACAAGUGGAUUGCUGGGCAACAACAUUUAUGA